CCACCAUGAUGACCACCCCGUGGCUGCUGCUCAGCUUUGCUGUCCCACUGCUGGGUUUCUAUGUUCCCAUCAGCUGUCCCCAUAGCAAGCGAUGCCAACGAGCCCUACUUUCCAACAAUGAUGUCUCUCUGUACUGCAACGCCUCUGGGGCACAGUGGUACUACUACUUCCUACAAGAUGGGACCAACUGGUCCAUCCACCCCCUCAGUGUUUCAAACAUAGAAGCAAUGUCUGAAGGCAGCAUUCUCAUUAGAAGUCCAUUGCCAUCCCAGACGGGUUUAUACAGCUGUCGGGACAAGAAAGACAUCCAAGUGGUGCAGUAUGAGAUUGACUUCCAGGACAUUAGCACCCUGCACAUUACACACAGAGACCUGGGCCAGAAGCCUUUGCAGAAUGAGACCCUGAGUCUGGGCAGCAAGGAGAUCAUCUUCACCCACUGGGAGCCCUGGCAGGACUGUAACCGCUGUGGCGAGCCCGGUGAGCACAAACGCCUGGGGUAUUGCUACAUCCAGGAGCCUCUGGGGAACUCCGUCCCCUGCUUGCUCUACCUGGGAAAUGCUAGGCUGUGGUCCAGCCGCAUGCGACCUGAGAUGCAGAUAGAAGCCUGCCAUGUCCAGUGUGAAACAUCAAAUACGAAGAACAUUGCUUUUGACAUUGCUUUUGACAACUUCGAGCUCAGUGAGGAGUCAGGAUCUGCAUGGCUCACCUGCUUCUUAGGAUCCAUCUAUAGGCCCAUCAUCUGGGAAGCCAACAGCAAGUCCCUGACCUGGCAGGGCCAGCUCUCCGGCCAGGACCUGAGCACCGUCCUGGACCCCGCCACUGGGGGCAGGCGGCUGCAGGUCUUCCGGCCAGCCAUUUACAAGUGCUUUGUGCACCAGGAGCUCGUGGCUCGAUUCAACCCCAGGCCCCAUGUGGAUACGAUGGAGGUUCUGCAGAGAGAGAAAGCUAGACAACAGCAAGAGGCAGGAGAGACCUGGAAGGGGAAGACCAGCUAUUCCCUCCUCAAGGGCCUGAAGCUGCUGCUGGUGGGCACCAUGCUGAGCCUGCUCGGGAUGCUGCUCAAGCUCUUCUGCCCUUUACGGAGUAAAAGAAGAAAACAGGUGCUUCUGGUGAAAUAAAGUGAGCCUGCAGUGCUCAGGAGACCUGGCCUCCUGUGCCUUCGUCACCUCAACUGUCCUUUCCCCAGCCUCUGCCCUGUGCCUGCCCCACACCACACUCCGAAGGCAUAAGGGCCAAAUACCCGUGGCCACAGCUAAGAGUGACUGCACUCUUCCCUGC